AAGCCUUCAAGUUGGGACGAUUUCUUCAUGGAUGGCGUGGUAUCUUCUUCCUAGAAAUCAGUCCAAAAUGUUUCCGCCCCCCAACUUGUUGAAAAUCGGUUAUUCUCCGACCAUUAGAGACUUUAACAACUUCCUUUUCCUCCUCUGCAGCAAGCAAAGGUUCAAAGCUGUUAUUUACAUUUUCUCUCAACUCAGCUCCAACCAAAUCAAUGCCGACACCCAAACCCUCAAAAUUUUUGCAAAAGCUUUGCUGAAGGAGAAUAAAUAUGGAGGAGGCGUUGGUUUCUCGAAAACCCUUCGGGUGAAGUCUAGGAUUGGCAAUAUGAAUCGGGUUCUUGAUUCUUCGUUACAAGGAGUUUGUUCUUCUAAUCAUGAUCCUGAUAGGGGAUUUUCUCUAUUGAAAUCUUUCUUGGAAAUCGAGGGAUUCUUCCCUUCUUCUCGCACCUUUUGUUUAUUGAUUUUUGGCUUUAGCAAAUUGGGGAAAAUGGAUAAGGUCAUUGAUUUGUUAGAAUUGAUGUCCGAUGAUAAGUUCAAUUAUCCUUUUGAUAACUUCGUUUGUAGCUCUGUGAUUGCUGGUUUUUCAAGAAUUGGGGAAUAUGAACUUGCGGUUAGGUUUUAUGAUAAUGCUGUAAAAUCCGGUAAUUUAGUGCCCAAUGUCGUCACCUGCACAGCACUUCUGAAUGUGUACUGUAAAUUGGGGGAAAAAGUUGAGGCUUUUGAUUUGGUUGCUUGGAUGGAAGACAAUAAUUUGCCUUUUGAUGUUGUGUUCUAUAGCAAUUGGAUGUAUGCUUGUUUAAGUGAAGGAUUGAUUCAUGAGGCGCUUGAAAGGUUUACAUCAAUGGCAGACAGAAAAAUUGAGCUGGACAACAUUGGCUAUACAAUGCUUAUUGAUGGAUUUUCGAAGCAAGGAAUUGUGGAGAAGGCUGUUGGUUUUUUGUACAAGAUGAGAAGAGAGGGAGUCGAACUGAAUGUGGUUACCUACACAGCAAUCAUUUUGGGGUUUUGCAAGAAAGGGAAGUUAGAUGAGGCGUUAGCAAUUUUUGGCAUGCUUAAGAGGUUGGGGAUGGAGCCCGAUGAAGUUACAUAUGCUGUUUUGAUUGAUGGAGCUUGUAGAACUGGUGAUUUCAGCCUUGUAUUCCAGCUGCUCGAUGAAAUGGUGAAGAAAGGUGUGAAUCCUGGUGUUGUGACGUACAAUACUGUCAUUAAUGGAUUGUGCAAAGUUGGGAGGACAAUGGAGGCUGAUGAUUUCUCAAAGGGCAUAAUUGGGGAUGCUGUGACAUAUACAACACUUUUACAUGGAUAUCUUCAAGAGCAAAGUUCCUUAGGCAUAUUAGAGACAAAAAGACGAGUUGAGGAAUCUGGUGUGACGAUGGAUAUAGUAAUGUGUAAUGUGUUGAUUAAAGCAACACUUAUGAUAGGCUUGUUCGACUAUGCUUAUGCAAUUUAUAGAGGGCUUACGACGAUGAAUCUCUUGGCUAAUUCUGUCACAUACUGUACCCUAGUUGAUGGAUAUUGUAGAGUGGGUAUGAUUGAUGAGGCACUUGAGGUAUUUGAAGAUUUCCGGAAGUCAUUGAAUGUUUCGGCUGCUUGUUACAAUUGUAUCAUUUCCGGUCUUUGCAAAAAAGGGUUGGUAGAUAUGGCGAUAGAUGUAUUCAUUGAGUAUAUUGGGAAGGGUAUGCCUUUGGACAAGACUAUAUGUAAGUUGUUGAUCAAGGCGAUGGCAGAGAACAAAGGUGCAGAAGGUAUUUUAAAGAUGAUAUAUAAAUUGGAAAAUGUGGAGCAUCAAUCAUUGUGCGAUAUAUGCAACGACACUAUUUUUUUCCUGUCCAAAAUGGAAUUUGUUUUCCCUGAGGACUUGUGGUGCGGAAUAUUGUCGCAGAUGAGGAGGAAAGGAUUAGAGUUGUCUAGCAUGUGUUUUUAUUCGAUGUUGAGGAAGCUUCUGAGUGAAGGUAAAACACCAUUGGUUCGUAGUGUGUUACCUUUGUUUGUUAAAAGCCAUGGCAUGUUUGAUGUUGGAGUUUGUAAGAUACUUGUGCAUUACCUGUGCUUUCUUGAUGUGAAAAAGGCACUUGUAUACCUCUCAACCUUGAAUGGGAAUGAAUGGAGCAUUACCAUCCCGAUUAUGAUUUUCAUGACACUGACAAAUAAUGGUCGAGUUUUAGAUGCAUAUGAGCUCUUGGUGGGUGCUGAAAACCAUCUCCCAAAUAUGGAUGUUUUCAAUUACUCAAUUAUGGUUGAUGCUCUUUGUAAAGGCAAGCAUAUCGAUAAGGCGUUGAAUGUUUGCUCUGUAGCAAAGGGAAAAGGGAUAGCGCUAAACAUUGUUACUUACAAUUCUGUCAUAAAUGGUCUCUGCCAUCAGGGUUGUUUGAUUGAGGCUUUUAGAUUGUACGAUUCACUGGAGAGGAUCAAUGUUUGUCCUACGGAAGUUACAUAUGGUACUCUUAUUGAUGCUUUAGUUAGAGAAGGACUUCUACAUGAUGCUAGGAUGCUCUUUGACAUAAUGUUGGCGAAGGAUCUCACCCCGGGCACACACAUCUAUAAUUCAUUGAUCAAUGGCUAUUGCAGGGUGGGUCGACUCGAGGAAGGUAUGAAACUUUUCCAUGAUUUGGAAGUAAGAGUUCUUAAGCCUGAUGGAUUCACAGUUGCUGCUCUGAUCAAUGGCUAUUGCCAGAAAGGGGAUAUGGAAGGGGCUCUUAAGUUGUAUUUUGAGUUCAAGCUCAAAGGAUUACUACCUGAUUUUCACGGCAUAAUGCAUCUAGUAAGAGGGCUGUGUGCUAAAGGAAGGAUGGAAGAGUCCCGGAGCGUAUUAAAAGAGAUGCUUCAGACACAAUCUUUUGUCGAGAUUUUACGCAGGGUAGACCUUGAAAUUAAAUUGGAUUCAGUGGGGAAUAUGCUCAUGUUUCUUUGUCAGCAAGGGCGGAUGGAUGAGGCUAUUGCAGUGCUUAAUGAAGUCGAGUCCAUUCUUUUCUUUACGGGACGAAGUUGUUCUACCCAUGUGCCGGAUUCCGAAGCAGGAAUAGAUCCAUUGCCUUUCAGCGACAGUCAACGCAAUCAGCUCAGAACUAGUGGUGGUGAAGAUGGAAAAGUAGAGCUAUUGAAGGAUUUCGAUUCGUUCUAUUCGGUUAUUCGUUCACUUUGUUUAAAAGGGAAUUCAAUUGAAGUGAAGAGACUAAUGAAAAUGCUCAUGACAUCAUGAACUUUUCAAAGAAGUUCAAAUGAGGAGCAAACAAUGCUUGUCUCUAUGACACUGAUCUACCACACAACGGCAGG